AAAGUAGGUGGGACCAGAGCACCUUUUUGUCCAAUGUUUGUUUGUUAUGGUUCGGUCACAUGGAUUAUUGCCCCGCCUAUUUCCGCAUUUACAGAAACGGGUUUGAUAGCUGCACGCGAGGAGAGGAGCAUAAUGUUAUUAUUUUAUAUUAACAUAUAGUUGUGAUUGUGUAUUCGUCAGUGAGGUUAUCUUAAUUAGUAUUUGUAAAGUCUGUUUGCUGACCAAGCCGAAAUAGUAGAAAUCCUGCGCGCGACUGCAGCACUUUUGCCAUGGAAUAUGAAUAGCUGUGAACUCCGUUUCUAUAAAUCCACCUUUUGCUCAAGUGACACUCGACUCACUUUGCAAAUCUGUGGUAAUUAGAUCAAAGUGAGUAGCCUGGAGAAAUUAAACCACCACCAGGCAUGACUGUGGAGAAACCAGCCGCAGGUGUUCGCACCUUCGGCGGCCUGAACAUCCUGAGGCACCUGGCGAGUCUGGGGGCUCACCCCGCCUCCGUGGCUUACUCCAUGACCACGCUGGGAGCAGGCAUGAUGAACAGCAUAUUCAGCUUCUACUAUGUCAAGCUGUUCCUCAACAAAUACAAGAUAUCAGAGGGAGCUUUCCAUCAGUCACAAGUGGUGUACAUGGUGUGGAACGCAGUGAACGACCCUCUGUUCGGCUACCUGCAGGAUAACUCCCGCGUACCGUGCUGCUCUCAACGUCGUCUCUCCAUCCUGUAUGGUGCUCCCUUCUACGCAAUCGCCUUCCUGCUCGCCUGGUUUCCAUGGCGAGAGUACGCCCCCGGCGACUGGAUGAGCGGCGUCCACCUGAUGGUGGCGUUGUGUGCGUUCGACGGGAUGCUGACGUUUGUGUUGCUGGCGCAGUGCGCCCUCUUUGCAGAGAUAUCAGGCCACCACCAGAGCAGGCUGAGACUCAUCAAAUACAACCAGGUGGCGUCACUUAUAGGCUCCUCCAGUGUUCUAUUCUGCGGCCUCCUCUCCCAGAACAUGGAUGACUUCCCAUCCUUCCAGGGCUUCACUGUCCUGGUGGCCGUUCUGGCUUGUGGCUGCAUGAUCUACACAGGCCUACACAGCGAGAGCCGCUUUGACACCAAAGGGUCAGCACCGGGGUCAAACUACCAAGGUUCUGGCCAAUCAACUCUUUCCUUCUCCUUGGUGACCUCUAUGACCUUGCAGAUCCUGACCAAUAGGGACUUCCAGCUCUUUGUGCUCAUGAACUUCUUUCAGGUCUUCAUGGUGGCAUUCUGUAAUAACUUCACUAUGAUCUUCGCGGAGCAUCUGAUACCCCCCAACGUGCUUCCGUCACUGGCCAAGAGCUUCAUGUAUGGAGCUGGAUUCAUCUGUCCUCAGUUGGUUGUGCUGAGCAGUCAGAGCCUGCUCCACGACCUAGGCUACUACAAGAUCAUCCUGCUCACCUUCUACGUGGAAGCUGGCAUGGCUGCCGUCAUGCUGGUGCUGGGGCCACAUCACUACUACAUCCUGGCAUUCUUCCUGACCGCUAACAUGGUCCUUGUCCAGGCAGCCUUCAGUCUGUUUAAUCUGCCUCUGGCUGACAUUAUCGACUCAGAUCUUCAGAGACACAAGCGCAGCUCCCCCCUCUCCUCCAUGGUGUUUGGGACCAAUGCUCUGUUCACUAAACCAGCCCAGUCUCUGGCUCCUAUGCUGGUGGUCUCCAUCCUAAACCAGUUUGGCUAUGAGAACCUGAAGGACGCUGGGAGGGAUGCAAACCCCAGUGACUUGGAGGCCCUCCACACCACCAUGUUCUACCUGGUGUGUGUGGUGCCCAUGUGUGUCGCUGCCCUGCAAGUCUUCGCCUGGAAGCCCUUCUCAAUACGCAACAGUCACACCGUGGACACCAUGUAUAUCGACGGCUGAGUCACUCAAUUUAUGCUGUUUAUGAGUCACUGUCUAUGCUGUGUUUUAAGACUUGAUAGGUUGCUGCAGCACUCAUAAAGGGAACAUGGGGGUGUAAUGGCCGGAGGGUACUGCAGAAGAAAACACUCCAUCUGUAUAUGUUUGUCUGUGAACUUGUCUGGUGGUGAUGAAGGGAAUGGUACUGACCCUAACUCUGGUAGCAGGAGCACAGUACCU